AUGUCUAGCGAAGAAGAUCGCGCAAAAAAACACAGAGAAGCUAGCGAGAGGGAGGCAGCGAAACUCUGGCGCGCAUGGCGGACAGUUCAUGAAAUGGUACAAGAUCGAGGCUAUGAACUUUCCGAAGAGGAGGUGAAGAUAAGUUUUGAUGACUUUAAACACAAAUAUACUGCCGAUGACGGAUCCGUAUUACGCAAAAAUAUGACAUUUUCUGCCCGACCAAGCGAUGCUAUGAUGAAAAAGUACAGUAACCCUGUUACGGCAAACGAUCCUCACCCCAACAGCCCAGACAUAGGUACAAUAUGGAUAGAAUUUCUCCCUGAUACAAACGUCGGAAUUAAGCAAAUGCGCACGUUUGCACAGCAUCUCGUUUCAAAUAAUUUUCAUACUGGCAUCCUCAUUACGUGCGUAAGCAUCACUUCGGCCGCCUUGAAGAUUAUUCCAGCCGUAGCGAAUGAAACAAAGAUUGAAUGUUUCGUGGAACAAGAUCUUCUCGUCAACAUCACUCAUCAUGAACUUGUACCCAAGCAUGUCCUGUUAAGUAAAGAAGAGCGAACUGCGGUUCUCAAUAGAUACCGUUUGAAAGAUACGCAGCUUCCGAGAAUUCAACUAGGCGACCCAGUAGCUCGCUAUCUUGGAUUAAGACGUGGACAGGUGGUUAAAAUUAUUCGAAAAUCCGAAACAGCCGGGCGGUAUGCAAGCUACAGACUUUGUGUCUAA